AUGGAGCUUGAGCUAUCCACUUCCAGACUGUACUCAGACAUCCUCUUCUACAAUGCCACACAGAACCUCUCCUUCUCUCCCACAUCCAACAGCAGCUUCAGUGUCCCAAGCCAAGGGGUCUCCAGAAACCAUGCUUCAAUAAUUAUGGCCGUGGCGAUUACCGCCCUUUACUCAGUGGUGUGCGUGGUGGGGCUCCUCGGCAACAUCCUGGUCAUGUAUGGGAUUGUGAGAUACACCAAGAUGAAGACAGCAACCAACAUUUACAUCUUCAAUCUUGCCUUGGCCGAUGCACUGGCAACCAGCACUUUACCUUUUCAAAGUGCCAAGUAUCUCAUGGAGACCUGGCCAUUUGGAGAAAUCCUCUGCAAAAUCGUAUUGUCUAUAGACUACUACAACAUGUUUACCAGUAUUUUCACCCUGACCAUGAUGAGUGUGGAUCGUUAUGUAGCCGUGUGCCAUCCUGUGCGAGCAUUGGACUUUAGAACCCCAUCUAAGGCCAAAGCUAUAAAUGUCUGCAUAUGGAUUCUGUCAUCAGUUAUCGGAGUGCCAAUCAUGGUUAUGGCAGUCACCAAAACAAAUAAAGGUACAAUCACCUGUAUGCUUCAGUUUCCUCGCCCUGAUUGGUACUGGGAUACCGUUACCAAAAUCUGUGUCUUCAUCUUUGCUUUUGUGAUUCCAGUCAUGGUAAUUACAGUAUGCUAUGGGUUAAUGAUCCUUCGCCUUCGUAGUGUACGCCUCCUGUCUGGAUCAAGAGAGAAAGACCGCAACCUGCGCCGCAUAACCCGUAUGGUUCUAGUAGUGGUGGCUGCCUUUAUUAUCUGUUGGACACCCAUCCACAUCUUCGUUAUUGUGUGGACCAUGGUGGAAAUUGACAAAAGGAAUCCCUACGUUGUAGCGAGCUGGCAUUUCUGCAUCGCCCUAGGAUACACCAAUAGCAGCCUAAAUCCAGUGCUUUAUGCCUUCUUAGAUGAAAAUUUCAAGAGAUGUUUCCGAGAGUUCUGUCUACCCUUCCGUUCACAUGGUGAACAGAGCAGUUUCAGCAGAGCCCGUAACACUACCCGGGACCAAGUAUCCACUUGCGCCCAGUCACACGCUCCAGACAAGCCGGUAUGA